AUGGAACGCAUGUGGCGCAAAGUGAAUCACAGCCUGCGCAACAGCAAAUCCCAAUCCCACCAAUCAGCUGGCGUCGCUGCCGGCGCCGCUGCUGCCGGCGCCGCAACGCCGCAGUCAAGCGACACCAUCAGCUCGGCGGGCGGCUUUGGGGAUGCGCAGCUUGUGGUCGCCGUACAGGGUCUGCCCUGCGCCAGCGCCAGCGCAGCCAGCGGCAGCGCAGCCGGCGGCAGCAAUGCGACCGGGCGACGUUUGGCCAGCAGCGGCCAGCCGCCGUCCAAUUGCCACAAAUCGCUUAGCCAGCAUGUGCUGCAGACGCGCACCGCCUCCUCGGAGCGUCGGCGGCGGCGUCGGCGCAAGAGCCGCCCGCGACGCAGCGGCGGCAUGGCCAGUGUGACCAGCUGUGUGGGCGAUGCCGGUGGCGAUAACAUGUCUUCCUCUGGUGGCUUCUACACGCUGAAGGAGCACCAUCAGCACUAUCGACACGGCCAUGGGCAUCAUGGCAGCGGCACCGUGUCCGCCUCGCAUCGACUCUUCGCCAGCUCGGCGCCCAGCGGCACCGUCAUGAUGUAUCCGAAUGCACAGCGUGCCCCGGUGCUGGCAGCGGGCGGUAAUCCAACAGCAGCAGCAGCAGCAGCGGCGGGAACAGGUGCGGGUGCUGCACAGGCGGCGCCGGACAUCUCUUUGAGGCAGCGGGCGGUGGCCAAGCUGCGCAUGUUCAACUUUCACCUCAACUGGGAUCUGCACAUGACGCACUGCAAGCCCUGCGGCCCCCGUUUGAGCGGAAGUGGAAACAUAAUCACACGUCGCCUGUGCCGCAAUCGUAGACGCGAGGACAAUGAGCUCUAUCGCUCGAAUAGCUUCAAGUUUGAGCGUUUCGAGCGCAAGGAGUGCCUCGAGGAGCUCUCCAGCACAUUGCAGAAGCAGAUUGCCAUCUGUGAUGAUUACAGCCUGCCUGUAGACUUUGUUAAGAAACGACCGUCCAGUUUCGAUCCCUGCCUGGCCGAGGCAAUACCAACGAAUCCGGAGCAUUGGAUAGCGCCAAGUCCACAAACUGAAUUUCUGCCAUUUAACGAAGCCCAACAAGCGUCGCAGCAGCAACAGCAACAGCAGCAGCAGCAGCAAUCGACAGCAGCAGCAGCAGCAGCAGUGCCGCCGCUGCCCGCCCCUUUGGCAACAUUGCCCAGUCAAGCGGCGACUGCAGCGGCAGCAGCAGCAGCAGCAGCAGCUAUUUUGGGCAGCAACAGCAACAACAACAACAGCAGCAGCAACAGUUGCAACAACAGCAACCAGCUACAGCAACAGCAGCAGCAGUUGCACGCGCACAACAACAACACUUUGCCAGCCGCACCGCAGCAGCAGACGCAGCAGCAGCAGCGCGCGACGCUGCAGCAUCCACCGCUGCCCAACAGCAACAUCAAGCAGGCAUCCGUGAAGCUCAUCGAGGGCUAUUCCGAUCCGAAGGAUACACGCCACCACGCCCAGCACAAGAAGGUCUACCACAAGAAGGCCAAACGCCGCUCGGCGCCGCCGCACAAGCAGCGACAGCACCAGCAGCAGCAACAACAACAGCAGCAGCAGCAGCAGCAGCAUCUGCAAACGUUGCCAACGCCGCGCGGACAUCAACAGCAAUUGCUGCAGCAGCAGCAGCAACAGCAACAACACUUGCUGCAACGCCAUUCCACAUACAAUAAUAAUAACGGUAAUCACAAGAAGGACAAGCGCAGCAGCCAUUAUAAUUCAGAUUCCUCGGCGCCCAAAUCCUCCGACGAGGAGGCGGACAUAGACGAGGAAGUCGAGCGUGCCGCGCCGCAACUUCCGGCAGCAGCAGCAGCAGCAGCUGGUCAGGCAGGAGCUCUGCUCAAUUCGCCGGAUAGCAUAUCGGAUGAUCUGGUGCGACCGCUGCCGGCGCAGCUGCAACGCAGUCCACGCAAAUUGACCGUUGCACAGACGGAGUACAGCAAACGUCAGCCGUCGCCCUACUACUACUCGGAUCUGCUGAAGAGCCGGGACAAGCAGCCGGAGGCCAAGGACAGGGAGCCGGACAGCAGGCAGACGCUCGACCGCGAGGCGAAGCAAAAGUGCCGCCAGUCGACGGCCAGUGAGCCGCCGCAGCAGACGCAGACCCAGCUGCUGGGUGGGUAUCGCAAGAGCAGCAGCUUGGAUGCGCCGCAGCAGCAGGAACAGGAGCAGAACAACGACGACCACGAACAGGAGCAGCAGCAGCAACCGGAGCACGAGCAGGAGCAGGAGGAGAACGAGAACGAAGCCAACGAGCUUGAGGAGAUCGGCUUAAACGAACAGUCAACACCGAAACGAUAUAGCUUCACGGAGGAAGGCGUACGGAUCAUACGCUGCGAGACGCCGAGCACAAGCACCUCGGAGGAGUCCGACUGCAGCGAGUGCCUCAAGCGACGCGAGUGGCACGCCCGGGCCUUGGCGCUGGUCCGCAAGACGUGCAACGUCCAGCCGCGCAGCCAACAGUUGCCCAUCGGCAGCGGGGAGGGGGAGCUGCAGCUGCAGCUGCAGCACUGCGACGCCGGCGAGGGGGAGCUGCUGAAGAGCUGCCCAACGGACUUGGCCUGCGAACCGAGUUGCGGGUCGAUGCCGCCGCACCGCCUGCUGGGCCCAGCAGCCGUGUGCGGAGCCUGCAUACCGACGCCCGGCAACAAUAGCCAAGGCCACAUUGGCCUCGCCGCCGAUGAGCUUGACGAGCUCGAGGAAUACUUUCGGCCACGCAGCAUCUUCUAUGUGCAUCCGCAUGGCGUGCACGAGUGCAUCGAAUGUGCGCCCGCCAAUCACACCAAAGCAAACACAGAUCCAGCCACCAAUUGCAGCGACCCAGCUGCGCUAGACGAGCAGCAGCAGGAGGAGAGGGCAGGGGAGCAAGAGCAGGAAGAGGAGGAGGAGGGGGAGGGGGAGUACGACUCUGACAACAUGGCCAGUCGACGGCGACAAAUCUAUGAGACGGCCUUCGAUUGCAAAAUAGCCAAAUCGGAUGAUGACCUGGACGAAGUGGAUCGCAUCACCAACCACUCGGUGCUGCUGCAGCUGAACGGCAAUGGGAACGGGAACGAGUUGACGCCGCCGCCGUUGUCCAAGCCAAGUCUCAGCAAAUCGCGACUCGAAUGCAAACGCGCCAAG